UUCCGCCGGGCGGGCUCGGAGUCCCUCGGCGCGCGCUGGGGCGCUUUUGUUUGGGUGACGGUCACUAUUUUCUUCAGUCCCGGGCCGCUACUUUCCGUACCCAGGAGCCUGGAUUUCCCCUUCCGGACCCGGGAGUCUUAAAUUCCUUCUUCCUGGAGUCCGCUUCCUGGCUCCAGGCUCCGGCGCCCUAGCCCUCGGUUUCCAGGACCCGGGAUCCCCGCCUCCCGAAGUCAGACGUCCCGGAUCUACGCCACCUGGGCGCUGUCGGCCACCGGGAGCCGAGGACCUCACGUCCCAGCCUGAGAAACUCCUGUGUUCCCAACACCCAGACCUGCGAGGGCCAGGCGCUUUGGAGCAUCCAACACCGCCGGGAGGAGCACAGGAGCCGGGACGCCCUAUCGAGGGCGCCCACCUUACAGCUGCUGAGAGCUCUGAACUCCGGCUCUGAGGCCCCGCGAAGUUGCAGCCUCCGGGCGCACUUACCCAGCUCUUCGCCUAAGUACGUGUCCUGCGAAGGAGCCCCGAGCGCCCCUAGCUUCCUGGCGUCUAGGACCCCGGCGUGCCCCAUCAUGGUGGGGCUCGCAGCGGCGGAGCCCACCGCCAACGGUGGCCCGGAGCUGGGUCCCACAGAGGAUAGAGUCGCGACGGCCCGUAGCUGCUGCGCUUCCCGCCAGCAGGUGCGUCGCUGCCUGCGAGCCAACCUGCUGGUGCUGCUGACGGUGGUGGCCGUGGUGGCCGGCGUGGCGCUGGGGCUGGGGGUGUCGGAGUCUGGCGGCACACUGAGCCCCGAUGCCAUGGUGGCGUUCUCCUUCCCGGGGGAGCUGCUGCUGCGCCUGCUGAAGAUGAUCAUCUUGCCGCUGGUGGUGUGCAGCCUCAUCGGCGGCGCUGCCAGCCUGGACCCCAGCGCGCUCGGCCGCCUGGGCGCCUGGGCGCUGCUCUUUUUCCUGGUCACCACCCUGAUCGCAUCGGCGCUCGGCGUGGGCUUGGCUUUAGUGCUGCAGCCCGGAGCCGCCUUUACCUCUAUCAACAUCUCUACAGUCCAACUCACGGAAACGACCUGCAGGAAGGAGGUGCUGGAUGCCUUUCUGGAUCUUGUGAGAAACAUCUUUCCCUCCAACCUGGUGUCCGCAGCUUUCCGCUCAUACACCACCACCUAUGAAGAUGGGCUUUGCAACCACACCAAGGGGAAGGUGGGGAAGGAAGAGGAGGGCAUGAACAUCCUGGGCCUGGUAGUGUUUGCCAUCAUCUUUGGCGUGGCCCUUCGGAAGCUGGGGCCCGAGGGGGAGCUGCUCAUCCACUUCGUCAACUCCUUCAACGAUGCCACCAUGGUGCUGGUCUCCUGGAUCAUGUGGUACGCCCCUGUGGGCAUCUUGUUCCUGGUGGCCAGCAAGAUCAUGGAGACGAACCCGGUGCAGCUCUUCACCAGUCUUGGCAAAUACAUCCUGUGCUGCCUUCUGGGGCACGCCAUCCACGGGCUCCUGGUCCUGCCCCUCAUCUACUUCCUCUUUACACGGAAGAACCCCUACCACUUCCUGUGGGGCAUCAUGACACCACUGGCCACCGCCUUCGGGACCUCCUCCAGCUCCGCCACGCUGCCCCUGAUGAUGAAGAGCGUGGAGGAGAACAAUGGCGUGGCCAAGCACAUCAGCCGCUUUAUCCUGCCUAUCGGCGCCACCAUCAACAUGGACGGGGCGGCGCUCUUCCAGUGUGUGGCCACCGUGUUCAUCGCGCAGCUCAACCAGCAGCCUUUGGACUUGGUGAAGAUCAUCACCAUCCUCAUCACAGCCACGGCGUCCAGCGUGGGGGCGGCUGGCAUACCCAUGGGCGGGGUCCUCACCCUGGCCAUGAUCCUCCAAGCCGUCAGCCUCCCUGUCAAAGACAUCUCCCUCAUCCUGGCGAUAGACUGGCUGGUAGACCGGUCCUGUACCAUCAUCAAUGUGGAGGGUGACGCUUUUGGGGCUGGGCUCCUCCAAAACUAUGUGGAACGCACGAAGUUGCAGAGCUCGGAGCCAGAGUUGAUCCAAGUGAAAAGUGAGGUGCCCUCGGGUUCACUGCCCACCCCAGAGGAAGGAAACCCCCUCCUCAGAAGUCAUCACAGCCCUGCGGGGGAUGGUGCUGCCUAUGAGAAGGAGUCAGUCAUGUGAAGCCCAGGAGGGACUGGCCUGGCCUGCCGGGGACACGCCGGACAUCAGCAUCAUGAGGGUCAGAUGACGGACAAGCUGGGGGCUGGGUGGGGGCUGUGCACUCCGGGGAGAUGGGACCCUGUUCCCCUCCUGGACAGUGGAUGGGAUGGUGUGAUGGUAUCUCCCCAGAUCUCUGGUCUUCAGCUGCUGUCUCCCAUCUAAGGUGGUAAUGUCUCUUCCCCCCAGCCCAGAGCCAGCUGGGUCCUCAUCUCAGGGUAUAGGAGAGUCACCCCGUGGUGUAUGGCCGGGCAGAUGCUGUCUGUGGUGGUGGACGGGGAUGGCAGAGUGGAUGUUUGUAUUGAGGUAGCUGUGGCUGUGUCAUGAUGUGUGUAUGUUGGGACCACAUCACUCUGUGGUACGUCCCAUCUUGUGUUCAGGCCCUCUGUUCCUCCAUAGUACCAAGCACUCCCAGGAGCCCUGGGGCCAAGGAGAAAUACUGUUACUCCAGAGGACAUUUUUUAGCAAUAAAAUUGGGUGUUGACUAUA